CAAAGAGAUAUGCAAGAAGAAUAUGAACCAUCAGAAGAAUGCUAAAGAAGAUGAGAAAGAAGUUGAAGGAAUGCUGGAUGAUAUCCAAGAAACCUGCAAAAAUAUUCGGAAUAAUCAGUCUUCCACUUCUAACACAGGAGUGCAACCCGCUAAUAUUCGAAUCCGAUCAGCAACUAGUAGAUCAAAGAAGAACAGGCCAGAGAUAGCUACUGCCCUGCAGACUCUUGAUCAAAAGCAAAUGCUUAAGCCUAUGAAUCCAACAAAGAUGAUUAACAAGAAAAAGAUUAAGUUUACCAAAAAGGAAUCAGGCCAAAGUUAUCUAUCUGUCGAACAAUCUGAAGGUUUUUUCAGACAAGGGACUACCAAAGACACUGCUAGUAUUGAAAAGAUCAAGAAGGAAAUCAGAGAGAAACAAAACAUUGUUCAGCCUAAUAUUAACCAAAAGAAGAUACGGAAGCCUGUUCCUCAUUUAAAGACUGGUUUACAAAGUACCUUAAAAGAUCAGGGAUCAAAAAGCCCGAAUAUUUUGAAGAAUAAAGUAUCAAUUCCCAGGAAGAUGCAUAAAUCAGGAAGAUCUGGAGCCAAUUCAGUCAGAAGGAACAAAAACACUACUCUUGAAGUUGAUAGCUUAGUCCUUCCCGAAAUACCUGCAAAUCGUAAAACUCCAAUGAAGAAGCUUGAUAAAACUUUUGAAUUGAACAGAAGCCGAGUCAAAAGUUUAGAGCAGAGUCCCAUCUCUACCAAGCCUAGCAGGAAUAACAGAAAGCAUAACCAGCUUAAAGAGGCCUUGAAAUUUGAAAAAUUGAAGCUUGUUGCUGGAGAAGCAAAUUCCAAGUCUCGCUACACCAAAAGAUCCAGUAAUAUGAGAUUAUAUGGCAAAGAUAUGCUCUGUGAAAGAAAGAGGAAAAAUCAUAAUCAGCUGUAGAGUAUACAUAGGUUAUUACAAGUCUAUUAAAACUAAAUAUCUUUAGUUCCAGUCCGGCUGCUUUAAUUUCGGUGAGGAUUCACUAUUAAUUCAUUUAAUGUCGUCUUAUAUUU